UUCCCAGCAGGAGAGACCUGGCUUCAGGCUUGCUUCUUUCCCCCACCUCGGUCACCUAGAGCUUUAUUUAAAAGGGAAUUGUCUGGCAGCUGGACCCAAACUAGCCUGGAUGGAUGGACGUCUAACCUGACUUGGAUUUCUCCAGCGUUCUUCAAUGGGGCUCCUAUUAUAACCUGAAGAAGAGUUGAAAGAUGUCUUCCAUGUUUGGCAAAUCUCGAGCUGUCCCCUGGGUGAACGAACGCCACCUCCCAAGCCUCCUGCAGGAAUGCAAUGUGGCCAUUCUGGGCUGCCAAGGAUCUGGGAAAUCAGCGCUAACGGUGAAGUUUCUUACCAAGAGGUUUAUAAGCGAAUACGACCCUAAUCUGGAAGACACUUACGCUUCGGAAGAGAUAGUAGACCAGCAGCAUGUCUUGCUCAAGGUGAUGGAUACAGCUGAUCAGGACAUACCAGUGGGCUGUGAGAGGUAUCUGAACUGGGCCCAUGCCUUUCUAGUAGUCUACAGCAUAGACAACCGGAAGAGCUUUGAAGGAUGUCAGCAGUACCUGGACCUCAUUGCUCUCCACCUGAAGAACAUGUUCCAUGAAUCUCCAGUUCUCCUGGUAGGGAACAAGCUGGAUAUGGAACAGUACAGACAGGUCUCCAAAGUCGAAGGGAUGUCUCUUGCCACCAAGUAUGGCUUCUCCUUCCACGAAGUCUCGGCAUGCCUGGAUUUCGAAUCUGUGCAGCACAUUUUCCACGAGGCGGUACGGGAAGUGAGACGGGAGGUGGAGAGACCUCUGGCAGUCCGGCCCUUGUUCAUCAUUGAGGAGAAGCCCUCAGCUCACCUGGUCCCAACCGCCACCAUUGCCUCCACCUACAACUCGCUCUCCACGGUCAACUUCAAAGAGGUCCCUUCAGUUGCCCGGGCCAAGCUGGUCACGGUCAAAUCCUCACGAGCUCAAAGCAAGAGGAAGGCUCCAGCGUUGACUUUGCUGAAAGGGUUUAAAAUAUUCUAAGCAGGGAUCCUGCAGAGCUGCUGCAAGGCAGAACAGGGAACAGUUAUUGCUGGGAUGGCUUGGAUCCCCAAGCAAUGAUGGGGCCAGAUUUGCAUAUCCAUCUCCUGGCCUUUCCUGCAGUCCAAGUGGCUGGGUAAGAAUGCAGCAAAGCAUUUUGGGGGAAAGACUAUGACUUGACAGUGGACAAACUAUGGAUGGAACCACCAGGUGGAGACGGUGGUUCUAAACCUUUUUCUUGGUCAUAAACAUCUGAGGGACCCUGCCAUACGCUGCUUGAGCAACCGAUGGAAGAAUCCCAUGGAAAGAGUUUGCUCUUGAAGUUUUUUCUUGGGACUGACUAGAGAUUUGGGAAGACAGAGAGGCUACAACCGGCCAAAGAAAGGAUUCUACCAUGAGAAGACAUAGAA